GUUUAGACGCCGCGGUGCAGUGUUCUUGUUUUGUGCGAAUUUUGUCUGGUUUGUUGUUUUAGAAAAGUAGGAAACAUUAAAGUCGCAUAAAAAUGAUAAACCGAAGGCGUCGGGCAAGCUCUGUGUCAGUCGCAAGUCGCCAGGAGGAGGAUAUCGCCGAUGAUUCCACCCCGGAGCAGUCGCCGGUACUGUCGGUGGGGCGAAAACGCAAGAGGCCGGAUCCCUCCGAAUUAUGCCAGCAAUUAUACGACUCGAUUAGGAAUAUAAAGAAAGAAGAUGGGUCGAUGUUGUGCGACACUUUUAUUCGCGCCCCGAAACGUCGCCAGGAGCCCUCUUACUACGAAGUCGUCGCCAACCCAAUCGACUUGCUUCGAGUCCAGCAAAAACUCAAGACAGAAUCAUACGAGGAUACAGACGAGCUAACUAACGACAUUGAGUUGCUGGUGAAGAAUGCAAAGGCAUUCUAUAGACCCGGCUCGACAGAGCAUCAAGACGCCACUCUCCUUUGGGAGACGUUUGUCGCUAACAAGGCGAAGCUCAUGGAGUCAGUGGAGGAGGAACCGCGCACAAAACGUGUCCCUCGGCAGCCGCGUCGGUCAACGGCCACCGAGAGCGAGGGAACUUCCGACAAACUUGAUGACGAUUUCGACCCAUACGAGGAACUCUUCGCUUCCGUAAUGACUGCAACUGAUCCGAUCCAGGAGAAUCGGCCACUGCAUCGAGAGUUCCAAUUGCUUCCAUCGAAAAAGAUCUACCCCGACUACUACGACGUUAUUGAACACCCAAUUGACCUCAAGUUGAUCGCUACGAAAAUCCAAACGAGUGCGUACACAAGUUUGACUGAAAUGGAGAAGGAUCUCUUGCAGAUGGUGCGCAACGCGUGUACCUUCAACGAGCCGGGGUCGCAGAUCUAUAAAGAUGCGAAAACGUUGAAGAAGAUUUUCACUGCUAAGAAAAUUGAGAUCGAAAGCGGAAAAGCAAAGACCACUGUCUUCAAAAAGCGAGGAACCACGCUGAGUUCAAUAACUGCCGCCCUGAAGGAGGAGCCGGAGAGCUCGGACGAUGAAGGCGAGAGCUCCAAGAAAUUCGGCGACGGACCGCUCUGGCAGCUUUUCGAUCAUCUUUUUAACGCCGCCAGUGCAUCAGAUCAUCCUAAUGCAACAGGCGCGCCAUUGGGUCAAUCGCUAUGGAAGCUCCCAUAUCGUAGAUUCCACCCAGAAUAUUAUGAACUAAUCAAAAAGCCAAUCUCAAUGGCGCAAAUACAUAAUAAAUUAAAGAAGGGCGACUACGCAAACAUUUCUGAUUUAACGUCAGAUCUCUACUUGAUGAUUGACAAUGCAAAACGUGCAUUUCCGCCGACAAAUAAAAUCCAUAAGGAUGCUUCGAAAAUGUUAAAAAUUAUGAACGCCAAAUUAGUGGAUGAUCCAAAAGGGAGCGACACUGAGGAUCAAGACAUGGCCCAAGCAGAUUCGUCAACAAGUAGUACUCCGUCAAUAACUAAGAAGAAAGGUCAGCUGACUACAUCCCCUAAAGUCAAGCCCCAAGUCCCGCUCAAGAAAAAGCUAAUGACUUUGCAGAAAUAUUUGACAGAUUUUACAGUGAAUGGUCGCAAGCCCAUGAUAUUGUUCGUUGAAAAACCAUCGAAGAAGCUGUAUCCAGACUAUUACAACAUCAUACACAGCCCCAUCGAUAUGACAACUAUUGAGAGCAAUAUCAAAUCAGAGCGCUACAGUUGUUUGGAUGAGCUAGUUAGCGACUAUAGGUUGAUGUUCUCUAAUUGUCGACAGUAUAAUGAGGAGGGAUCUGGUAUUUACGACGAUGCGAAUAUACUUGAACGUGCUCUGAAUGAUAAACUAAAGGAAAUGGGUGUGUCAACUGAUAAAAAGAUGACACCAAAAACACCAAAACUUAAUCGCAAAACGGUUACGCCACUCGAGACAAAACUCCGUAUAUUGUACGAGACAAUACGGGACUUCCACGAGCCAAAGGGAAAUAGGCAGCUAUCAUUAAUUUUUAUGAAAUUACCAUCGAAAAAUGACUAUCCAGACUACUACGACAUCAUCAAGAAUCCGAUUGAUCUCGAAAAAAUUGCACAAAAGCUGAAACAGCAAUCCUAUGAGAGCGUUGAUGAAUUAGCUUCCGAUUUGCUGUUGAUGUUUGAGAAUGCUUGCAAAUACAAUGAACCUGAUUCACAAAUCUACAAGGAUGCAUUGAUACUACAACAACUUUGCAUUCAAACAAAGCAAAGUCUAAGGGACAACGAAGAAACAGUUCCUGACGUGGCUUUAGCUGUACAAGAAUUGCUACUUUCGCUUUUCACAUCGUUGUACAACCAUCAAGAUGAUGAAGGAAGGUGCUACUCGGAUUCUCUAGCUGAGCUGCCUGAAUAUGACGAAGGUGAUGGUCUAAACAAGGUACGAGGAAUUUCCUUAGAUUUAAUUAAGCGUCGACUGGACAAAGGAUUAUACAAACGUUUAGAUACUUUCCAAGAAGACGUGUUCUCUUGUUUAGACCGUGCUCGCAAGUUAUCCCGCACGGAUUCACAGGUGUUCGAAGACUCAAUCGAACUUCAAACCUUCUUCAUCAAGAAACGCGAUGAGUUGUGCAAAGACGUUCUGACAUCAGUUGCACUAAACUACACAGCGAUGCAUCUAAGUGCAGCAGUAGAAGCCGUGCGGCAGUCAAAAUUGCUGCAAGAAGAGCAAGAUCAAGAAGACAUGGACACAACAGUAAGACAAUCGCACAUCUUAUGAUUACUAUUACACAUUAAUGUUAAUCCUGUCUUCCAGACAACUCAAGGUGAAAGCAUGACCAUCGAUCAGAAAGUCUACUCACCAGGCGAUUUCGUUUAUUACGAACAAGCCGAUAACAAAAUCCCUGGAAUUGUCUAUAUUGAACGUCUAUGGACAAACAACGACAACAUUCAAAUGAUGUACGGGAACGUGUUUUUACGUCCGCAUGAGACGUAUCAUGUUGCAUCAAGAAAAUUCUUAGAGCAGGAAGUAUUCAAAAGUGAUCAACACGUAGCUGUUCCGCUCAGUAAAAUAUUGAAUAAACUCUACGUUAUGAAUGUGAAAGACUACAUCAAAGUGAAGCCAGAAGGUUUUGCCGAUAAGGAUGUCUAUGUUUGUGAAUCGCGUUACAGCACGAAAGGACGGUUCUUCAAGAAAAUGAAACUGUGGCCGUUUAUUCGUGAAAAUGAUCCAAUCAAAAUGGUACCACGUGAAACGACAUUGGAGUUGAAACGUAUCAUGUCCGUUUUUAAAGAACGUGUGGAGAAACACAAAGGAGAGUUGGCUGAACUACAGUUGCAGGAGGCGUUGGUUGAGAAGGAGAAACCGAAUGUUCCGUGCUUCGUGUCUAAUCCUGAAGAAGGUAAUACUUACUUCGAACAAUAUAAUACGAUAUGUAGCGGAGUUGUAAAAACUGGAGACUACGUUUAUUUGGCAAUACAAAAUGGAAAACAGUCUAUCGUUCAAAUCACGUCGAUCUGGGAGACUCCAAAUGGAAAGUCAUUCUUCCGAGGUCCUUGGCUCUUGGCGCCAACCGAGAUAUCCACGAGCACAACGAAAACAUUUUAUCGACAGGAACUUCUACUCUCGAGCCAACAAGAUACUAAUCCAAUCAUUGCCAUAGUUGGUAAGUGUGCAGUUUUGGAUUAUACUGACUAUACAACCUGUCGUCCGACGGAAAUAUCUGAAAGUGAUGUCUACGUGUGUGAUUCAACGUUUGAUGAGGCAAAGAAGAAUAUUAAGAAAUUCACACAAGGCAAUGGGUUGCGAAAGUUUACUCACAGCCAAAUGGUUACACCCGAUGAGAUUUUCCACUUCAGGAGACCGAUUAAGCCGAUCAAGGUUCGUUUGCGUGAUAUUUCAGUUCAAGAAGAAAUACAACCCCCAAUACCAGAUUUAAAAAUACCGGUGGAGCCGAAACUAGAGACAAGCACCGACUCAAUUGGUGUCUUAGAGGACUCCCUAGAUGGUGGGCCGCCAUCAGUAAAUUCCGAUGUAGCAACUACAUCUUCCCCAGCACCUUCAGUUGCAUCGACACCUGUCUCGGCUAAAAAUAAAUCUAAAACGAACAAACCAAAAGUCAUCACAGGUUACAUAUUAUUCUCUAGUGAAAUGCGUAGAGCCAUCUCACAGGGUAAUCCUAACGCCACAUUUGGCGAAAUAUCUCGAAUGGUCGGCACAGAUUGGAAAAACCUUCCCGCCUCAGUUAAGCAAGCAUGGGAAGAGAAAGCUGCGAAAUCCAAUAAAGAUCAAGCCACAAUUGCAGCAGUGGUAGAUGAAAGCAGUAAUCCAUGUGGAAGUCCCACUCUUGAACCCCAACAGCCACAGCAAUCGCAACAAAUAUUUGAGUGUUUAUGGGAUAAAUGCGAUCUACAGUUCGAAGAUGCGUUGGACUGUAUGGAGCACUGCAUUCAGGAGGGAACUGGUCAUGUACAGAGCAGUUAUGUGAACAAAACGAAUGACACCGAAUAUCUUUGUAUGUGGCGCAAUUGCGUGCGGGUCCGCAAAAAUCUGGGAGCGUUUCCACAUUUGCAGCGUUUGAUUAAGCAUGUUCGCGAGGUGCAUUUGUCAAAAGGGGGCAAGAGUAUGACAUUAGAUAAGACAAAAAAUUUGAUACAAAGAAAAAAUCCAGCACCACCUUCAACACCUGUUCCUGGUGCUGCGCCGUCUACAUCAGCACCCUCGACUCCUCAACAACAACCAUCGCCGCAGUCUAUGCCAAUACCCCAACCAAUAAUUCAAGCGCCUGCCCCGCCGGAGCCAAUGUUUGUAACAGUUCCACCGCGACCACAACGUGUCUUACAUUCAGAAGCUUACAUAAAGUAUAUUGAAGGCUUACAGAGCAAUGCGUCUUACAUUUCUCCAUACGAGAAAACAAUUCGCACCACACAAGCAACUGCACCAACUGUGGAUGUAUCAAAGCUUCCAGUACAAUGGCUCGGUCAACACGCUCAAGAUAAGCCCGAAGAAGUGGUGAAUGCGCUCUGGCAUCUGAGAAACUUUAUGCUGAAGGAUGUGUUAGAAAUCAAACGACAAUGUUUUUAAUCAAUAGGGCUUUUCAGACAGCCUCCUAAAAUCUCAUUAUUAUCAUAAUAAAGGAUCAUUCGCGUGUAUCGAAUGAAAGGUACGCGUUUUACCAAUUAAA